CCAGUAAAAUAAGCUAUAAGCUUUUUUUGAAAAACGUUUACCAAACAUGUCUUUUUUGGUCAUAUGAGCUUUUAAGCUAUAAGCUCAAAAUCUGGCCUUACUAAAUAGAGCCUAAGUCAACGGUUCUUGACAUGUAUCGUAGCAGCAAUAACUUUGGCAAAAACUAGGGGAUGAAGAGGAAGGGGAGGAACAACAUUUUGCUGCGUGAGAAGAAUGGGCAGUUUAAAUUCUUGAAGCAAAGCUGUGAUCCCUAUUUAUGUAUAUGUCAACAUUGUUUAUUCAAUGAAAAUAAUGUUAUGCGUCGUGGGCCAGAUGGACGGAAAAAUUUAUGUAAUGCAUGCGGUCUCUUUUGGACGAGAACGGGGAAGCUUAAAGAUCUCAGUAAGGGACGAGGAAAUCUUUCUAUUGAUCAAAGUGAUUUGGAUCCUCUUAUUGAUGUAAACGUUACUGUUCUUGAAGGAGAAUUUCCUGUCAUCCAAAAUGAACAAGGUAUUUCUGAAGAUCCUUCCAAGGCCAUUGCCGCUGAAGGUUCGAAUAAUCAUGCAUUAUACACCCGUGAUGAGGAAUUGCCUGAAUCUUUAGAACACCUAACAAACACUCUAGGAAUUGAUCAUUCUUCAGAAAAUGACGAUGAGCAGGAAAAAGGCCGGCUACUACCAAAAUUUUCUGAACGGGAUGUCAAAGAUCCAUCUUCAGCUGAGGGGUUCACAGUGAUUUUUAACGAGGCAAGGGAUGAGAAAAAGACAGGUAGCAAUCCUGAGUCACCAGGAAAGACUGCCACUGAACCUCACAACAAACCUCCACUGGAUCCUGGCAAACCUCAGAGUCCGAUGAAGAGCUUCACAUUUUCAGAGACUUCGGUGACGAUAGAGUCAUUGUUGUCAUUUCUCGAUAAGGACAUUCCAUCUACCUCAGAGGUAGACCACACUUCAGUUGUUGGCGUUUCUCAAUAAGGACUUUUCGUCUGCCUCGGAGAUGGAUCUUUAGGAGUCUCGGUGUGUAGGUGGUCACUUUUUGAAGUUGACUGUGGUGGAAUUCUUGGUAUGAUAUGUUUGGAUGAAUGUGUUAUGGAAUUAGGGGACAACACUUUUGGAGCAUCUUCUUCUUCUUCUUCUUCUGGGACUACACCAUGAUUAUGAGUAUCUUAGGUGAAGGUAUUUCACAGCUUAGAUGUUUUUCUUUUUUCUUCUGACAACACUUUUUUUGUAUAUAUUGAGGUAAUUCGGUAUAUGACUUUUUUGCA